AUGGUCCAGCCGCUCGCUCCCUCAGGGCUAACCUGUGCAGUCUGCAGGUCGACCUACAACGCGCACGAUCGUCGUCCGCUUAUCUUCUCCAGCUGCGGCCACACCUUCUGCGAGGAAUGCCUUAGGACGGAGAACCGCAAGAGUGUGUUCCAGUGCCCUUCUUGCCGGCAGGACCGCGACCAGUUCCGGACGCUGAAGCCUAACUUCGCGCUGCUCGACCUGCUCGAAGCGGCUGUAAGAAAAGAAAAAAUCUUGCAACUGGAGCACCAAGAGAAAUCUGGAAGAAAGGGUGUUGCAUUAACAUUAAUUUCUACACCUGAACCAUCGGCUUUAGGUCCAACAUCAAUAACAGUUUCAGAGCCAGCAUCAGCCUCUCCGUCAGGCAAAGCUAAGGCCUGUUGCGGAUGCUGUUGCAGAAGACUGACCUGA